AUGGAUAAAUUUUUUGUUGAAGAUGAGCAAUUAUAUGUUGUUGUACAUUCAAAACCAUCAAGAUGCUCCAACAGAGACGUAUUCAUCAGCAUUGCAGCCAAGAUCCAUGAUAAACAUCACGCUUCAGCUAGAAUCACCAACGAUCUAGCUACCACAAGAUCAAAGUGCUCAAAAUGUACCCAAUUUCAAACCUAUAAAGAUGUCACUAGAGAAUUAACACCAAUUGUGAACUAUCCAAUAGCAUUUAGAGAAUGGCAUAUGGAUUUCUUUCAUCCCCCACCAACAUCAGACGAUCCAAAAGCAGCCAUCUUAAAUUGUAUCGAUUCUACAAAAAAUUAUGUCAUAGCAUUUCCAGCAGCCACACCAGAUUCUGGAAUUGUUUUAUAUGCAAUUAAAUGUUUAUUAGUAUGUUACGGAAACAUCUCCGAACUAGUUUUAGACAAUGCAAGUGUAUUUCGAUCUAAGGAAAUUUAA